AUGGAAGUUAAGUUGGACGAAGACGUAGAUGAUGGAUCAGAGGUGGAUAUGAGUAGUGCAAUAGAUGAAUUGUGGAAAAGGUUUAAGUCAAUGGAUGUUGUUGGGAAAAGGACAUUAAAAAGUAGGGUUUUUAAACUUACCUUCCCCACAAUGACUUCUAUGUGUCCACCACCUGAGAAAAUAAAAACUAAAGGGGAGUCAAGAAAAAAGACAAAACCAGUAGGGUAUAAUGUUUAUAGAGACCCUUCGUAUCACGAGUAUGUUGAUCAAUCUUCACAAAAGAAAUCUCAACCAUCACAGGCUACGAAGAAGUUGAAAUUAUCACAAUCUUCACGGUCAUCUAAGCAGUUCAUCCUUCAGUUUCGUAAUCACAUCAGGUCAUAUAUUGAUGAUGUAGUUAAUGUUGUAUCAGAUGGUAAUUGUGGAUUUAGAGUCAUUGCUUCAUUGCAUGGAUAUGGUGAAGAUGGUUGGCCAAUGGUUCGUCAAGACUUGGGGUUGGAAAUAAUACAUAACAAAAGAUCAAGUUUGUAUGCCAAUUGGUUUACUGAUCAAUUAGCAGUAGUGAGAGAAUCUUUGAUGAUAGAGGAAUUUGGUCCUCAACCACCACAUAAAUGGUUAACUCUACCAGAUAUGGGUUACGUGAUAGCGAAUCGUUAUAAUGUUGUACUUGUCUGUUUAGGAAUUGUAUGCUGGACUUUCUUCCCUAUGACAACUUCAUUUUCACCAAAUGUAUCAAUUUACUGCAUUAGUUUUGUAAACAGAAAUCAUUGGGUUCAGGUAAACAUGAAAGAAGGGUUUCCAUUGCCACCAGUUACAGUAGAUUGGAAGAAAUUUUGUUCUCCAGCAGCAACAUCUUGGAUGAUAGGAUUUGCAGGACGUCUACAACAUUGGCAACAACUUAUGCCUAUAUUACCAAUGCAUUAUGAAUUAUAA